UCCUUCGCGAACCAGUGCGCGCUGCUGCUGCGGGGGGUGUGCGCGGGGCGCUCGCUCUUUUUUCCAUAACUGAUUUUUCCUCCCUGCUCGAGUGGGCGGCGGGAUCGCCCCGCGCCCCGCGCCGCCCCCGCGCAAUGCCCCGCGCCGCGAUGCCCGGCCCGGCCCGGGCCACCGCCGCCGCCUGAGCGCCGAGCCCGGGCCGAUGGGCUGGGCCGAGGGGCGGCUCCGCAGUCGCAGCUCCAGCCGCCGGGGCGUCCUCCUGCGCAGCCCGCCGCAGCGUGACCGGGGCCCGUGCUCUCCGCAGGAUGGCCCGCUUCGGAGACGAGAUGCCGGCGCGCUACGGGGGCGCAGGCCCGGGUGCGGCCGCCGCGGUGGUCGCGGGCGCCGGCGGCGGGCGCGGGGCCGGGGGUCCGCGGCCGGGCGCGCAGCCCGGGGCGCAGCGGGUGUACAAGCAGUCGAUGGCGCAGCGGGCGCGCACCAUGGCCCUGUACAACCCCAUCCCCGUCCGCCAGAACUGCCUCACGGUCAACCGCUCCCUGUUCCUCUUCAGCGAGGACAACGUGGUGAGGAAGUACGCCAAAAAGAUCACCGAAUGGCCUCCCUUUGAAUACAUGAUUUUAGCCACCAUCAUCGCCAACUGCAUCGUGCUGGCCCUGGAGCAGCACCUGCCGGACGACGACAAGACCCCAAUGUCCGAGCGGCUGGACGACACGGAGCCCUACUUCAUCGGGAUCUUCUGCUUUGAGGCCGGGAUCAAGAUCAUAGCAUUGGGCUUUGCCUUCCACAAAGGUUCCUACCUGCGCAACGGCUGGAACGUCAUGGACUUCGUGGUGGUGCUAACAGGCAUCCUGGCGACAGUGGGGACGGAGUUUGACCUGCGCACGCUGAGAGCGGUCCGGGUGCUGCGGCCGCUCAAGCUGGUGUCAGGAAUCCCAAGUUUACAGGUCGUGCUGAAGUCCAUCAUGAAGGCGAUGAUCCCGCUGCUGCAGAUCGGCCUCCUCCUGUUUUUUGCAAUCCUUAUUUUUGCAAUCAUAGGGUUAGAAUUUUAUAUGGGGAAAUUUCAUACCACCUGCUUUGAGGAGGGCACAGAUGACAUCCAGGGUGAGUCCCCGGCUCCAUGUGGGACUGAGGAGCCCGCCCGCACCUGUCCCAAUGGGACCAAGUGCCAGCCGUACUGGGAGGGCCCCAACAACGGCAUCACCCAGUUCGACAACAUCCUGUUCGCCGUGCUGACGGUCUUCCAGUGCAUCACCAUGGAGGGCUGGACCGACCUCCUCUACAACAGCAACGACGCCUCAGGGAACACUUGGAACUGGCUGUACUUCAUCCCCCUCAUCAUCAUCGGCUCCUUUUUUAUGCUGAAUCUCGUGCUGGGCGUGCUGUCCGGAGAGUUUGCCAAAGAAAGAGAACGUGUAGAAAACCGACGGGCUUUCCUGAAGCUGAGGCGACAGCAGCAGAUCGAACGCGAGCUCAAUGGGUACAUGGAAUGGAUCUCAAAAGCAGAAGAGGUGAUCCUUGCAGAGGAUGAGACCGACGUGGAGCAGCGGCACCCCUUCGAUGUUGGAGCUCUGCGGAGAGCCACUAUCAAGAAAAGCAAGACAGAUUUGCUGAACCCAGAAGAGGCCGAGGACCAGCUGGCAGACAUCGCCUCUGUGGGCUCUCCCUUUGCCCGAGCCAGCAUUAAAAGUGCCAAGCUGGAGAACUCCACUUUUUUUCACAAGAAGGAGAGGAGGAUGCGUUUCUACAUCCGCCGCAUGGUCAAAACUCAGGCCUUCUACUGGACUGUGCUCAGUCUGGUAGCCCUCAACACGCUGUGCGUCGCUAUUGUCCACUACAACCAGCCUGACUGGCUCUCUGACUUCCUCUACUAUGCAGAAUUCAUUUUCCUAGGACUCUUUAUGUCCGAGAUGUUUAUAAAAAUGUACGGGCUGGGGACGCAGCCUUACUUCCACUCCUCCUUCAACUGCUUCGACUGUGGGGUGAUCAUCGGCAGCAUCUUCGAGGUCAUCUGGGCCGUCAUCAAGCCCGGCACGUCCUUCGGGAUCAGCGUGUUACGAGCCCUCAGGUUACUGCGCAUUUUCAAAGUCACAAAGUACUGGGCGUCCCUCCGGAACCUGGUCGUCUCCCUCCUCAACUCCAUGAAGUCCAUCAUCAGCCUGCUGUUCCUCCUCUUCCUCUUCAUCGUGGUCUUCGCCCUGCUGGGAAUGCAGCUCUUUGGCGGGCAGUUUAAUUUCGACGAAGGGACCCCUCCCACCAACUUCGACACCUUCCCUGCAGCAAUCAUGACUGUGUUUCAGAUCCUGACCGGCGAGGACUGGAAUGAGGUCAUGUACGAUGGGAUCAAGUCCCAGGGUGGCGUGCAGGGCGGCAUGGUGUUCUCCAUCUACUUCAUCGUGCUCACGCUCUUCGGGAAUUACACCCUGCUGAACGUGUUCCUGGCCAUCGCUGUGGACAACCUGGCCAAUGCUCAGGAGCUCACCAAGGAUGAGCAGGAGGAGGAGGAGGCGGCCAACCAGAAGCUAGCCCUGCAGAAAGCCAAGGAGGUGGCAGAAGUGAGUCCCCUGUCGGCGGCCAACAUGUCCAUAGCUGUGAAGGAGCAGCAGCGGAACCAGAAGCCGGCGCGCUCCGUGUGGGAGCAGCGAGCCAGCGAGAUGCGCAGGCAGAACCUGCUGGCCAGCCGCGAGGCGCUGUACGGCUGCGAGCUGGACCUGGCGGCCGACGAGCGCUGGCCCGCGGCCUUCGCGCGGCCGCUGCGGCCGGACAUGAAGACUCACCUAGACCGGCCACUGGUGGUGGACCCGCAGGAGAACCGGAACAACAACACCAACAAGGGCCGCACCGAGCCGCGCGCGCAGGAGCCAGGCCGCAGGGCGCCGCGCAGGGCCUGGCCGGGCGCGCAGGAGCCGGGCCGCGAGGGCGCCCCCGGCCGCGAGUGCGAGGAGCCCGGGGAGCCGGCGCGCAGGCGGGCGCGGCCAGGCGAGCGCAGCAGGGAGCGGGAGCGGGAACGCGACGCCGGGGACGGGGAGCCGCGCAGGCCCCGCGCGCACCGCAGGCCGGGGGACGACGAGGAGCGCAGGCGCCACCGUGAGCUGGACGGGCCCGAGGGCGCAGAACGCAGGCGGCGGCACCGGCACACGGGUGGCCCGGGUGCCUUCGAGGGCGAUGCACCGCGCCGGGAGGACAAAGAGCGGAGGCACCGGCGCCGGAAAGAGAACCAGGGCCCGGGGCUGCCAGUGUCUGGCCCCAACCUGUCCACCACACGGCCCAUCCAGCAGGACCUGUGCCGCCAGGACCCACCACUGGCUGAGGACAUCGACAACAUGAGGAACAGCAAGCUGGCCACUGGGGGCUCAGCGGGGCCCCCCAACAGCCUGGGCCCCCCAGGGCCGCCCCAGAGCCCAGCCAAGACGGGGCCUGGCCCGGAUCUGGGCCCCAUGCCCAACCCACCUGCCACGGCCGCCAACGCCCAGAACCCCGCCAGCCGUCGGAUGCCCAACAACCCGGGGAACCCAGCCAACCCCGGGCCCCCCAAGACCCCUGAGAACAGCCUUAUCGUCACCAACCCCAGCAGCACCCAGAGCAGCUCAGCCAAGACUGCCAGGAAGCCCGACCACACCACCGUGGACGUGGCCCCCGCCUGCCCACCACCCCUCGACCACACGGUUGUGCAAGUGAAUAAAAACGCCAACCCAGACCCACUGCCAAAAAAGGAGGAGGAGAAGAAGGAGGAGGAGGAGGACGCUGGCGAAGACGGCCCCAAGCCCAUGCCGCCCUACAGCUCCAUGUUCAUCCUCUCCACCACCAACCCCCUGCGCCGCCUGUGCCAUUACAUUCUGAACCUGCGCUACUUUGAGAUGUGCAUCCUGGUGGUCAUCGCCAUGAGCAGCAUCGCGCUGGCCGCGGAGGACCCCGUGCAGCCCAAUGCGCCCCGCAACAACGUGCUGCGGUACUUUGACUACGUCUUCACGGGUGUCUUUACCUUCGAGAUGGUUAUCAAGAUGAUCGACCUGGGGCUCGUCCUGCACCAGGGUGCCUACUUCCGUGACCUCUGGAACAUCCUGGACUUCAUCGUGGUCAGCGGGGCCCUGGUGGCCUUUGCCUUCACCGGUAACAGCAAAGGGAAAGAUAUCAACACCAUCAAAUCCCUCCGAGUCCUCCGGGUGCUGCGCCCCCUCAAGACUAUCAAGCGGCUGCCAAAGCUCAAGGCUGUGUUCGACUGCGUGGUGAACUCACUCAAGAAUGUCUUUAACAUCCUCAUCGUCUACAUGCUCUUCAUGUUCAUCUUCGCUGUGGUGGCCGUGCAGCUCUUCAAGGGCAAGUUCUUCCACUGUACCGACGAGUCCAAGGAGUUCGAGAAGGACUGCCGCGGCAAGUACCUCCUGUACGAGAAGAACGAGGUGAAGGCCCGGGACCGGGAGUGGAAGAAGUACGAGUUCCACUAUGACAACGUGCUCUGGGCCCUGCUGACCCUGUUCACCGUGUCCACGGGGGAAGGCUGGCCACAGGUCCUUAAGCACUCCGUGGACGCCACCUUCGAGAACCAGGGCCCCAGCCCUGGCUACCGCAUGGAGAUGUCCAUCUUCUACGUGGUCUACUUCGUGGUCUUCCCCUUUUUCUUUGUCAACAUCUUCGUGGCCUUGAUCAUCAUCACCUUCCAGGAGCAGGGGGACAAGAUGAUGGAAGAGUACAGCCUGGAGAAGAACGAGAGAGCCUGCAUCGACUUUGCCAUCAGUGCCAAGCCGCUGACCCGGCACAUGCCGCAGAACAAGCAGAGCUUCCAGUACCGCAUGUGGCAGUUCGUGGUGUCGCCGCCCUUCGAGUACACUAUCAUGGCCAUGAUCGCCCUCAAUACCAUCGUGCUGAUGAUGAAGUUCUACGGGGCCUCAGUGGCUUAUGAAAACGCCCUGAGGGUGUUCAACAUUGUCUUCACCUCCCUGUUCUCGCUGGAGUGUGUGCUCAAGGUCCUGGCCUUCGGGAUCCUGAACUAUUUCCGAGAUGCCUGGAACAUCUUUGACUUCGUGACGGUGCUGGGCAGCAUCACAGACAUCCUGGUGACGGAGUUUGGGAACAACUUCAUCAACCUGAGCUUCCUGCGCCUCUUCCGGGCUGCCCGGCUCAUCAAGCUCCUGCGGCAGGGCUACACCAUCCGCAUCCUCCUCUGGACCUUCGUGCAGUCCUUCAAGGCCCUGCCCUACGUCUGUCUGCUCAUCGCCAUGCUCUUCUUCAUCUAUGCCAUCAUCGGCAUGCAGGUGUUUGGCAACAUUGGCAUAGAUGUAGAGGACGAAGACAGUGAUGAGGAUGAGUUCCAAAUCACCGAGCACAACAACUUCCGGACCUUCUUCCAGGCCCUCAUGCUGCUCUUCCGGAGCGCCACCGGGGAGGCCUGGCACAAUAUCAUGCUGUCCUGCCUGAGCGGGAAGCCGUGCGACAAGAACUCGGGGAUCCUGACCGCAGACUGUGGCAACGAAUUCGCCUACUUCUACUUCGUCUCCUUCAUCUUCCUCUGCUCCUUCCUGAUGCUGAACCUCUUCGUCGCUGUCAUCAUGGACAACUUCGAGUACCUCACCCGAGACUCCUCCAUCUUGGGCCCCCACCACCUGGAUGAGUACGUGCGUGUCUGGGCCGAGUACGACCCCGCCGCCUGUGGCCGCAUUCACUAUAAGGAUAUGUACAGUUUAUUACGCGUAAUCUCGCCCCCUCUCGGCUUAGGCAAGAAAUGUCCUCAUAGGGUUGCUUGCAAGAGGCUGCUGCGGAUGGACCUACCUGUGGCAGAUGACAACACUGUCCAUUUCAAUUCCACUCUCAUGGCACUGAUCCGCACGGCCCUGGACAUCAAGAUCGCCAAGGGCGGCGCCGACAAGCAGCAGAUGGACGCCGAGCUGCGGAAGGAGAUGAUGGCUAUCUGGCCCAACCUGUCUCAGAAGACGCUGGACCUGCUGGUCACCCCGCACAAGUCCACGGACCUGACGGUGGGCAAGAUCUACGCGGCCAUGAUGAUCAUGGAAUACUACCGGCAGAGCAAGGCCAAGAAGCUGCAGGCCAUGCGCGAGGAGCAGAACCGGACACCACUCAUGUUCCAGCGCAUGGAGCCCCCGUCCCCCACGCAGGAGGGGGGACCUGGCCAGAACGCCCUUCCCUCCACCCAGCUGGACCCUGGCGGAGGCCUGAUGGCUCACGAAGGCGGCAUGAAGGAAAGCCCGUCCUGGGUGACCCAGCGGGCACAGGAGAUGUUCCAGAAAACCGGCACCUGGAGCCCGGAGCAUGGGCCCCCCUCUGACCUGCCGAACAGCCAGCCUAACCCCCAGUCGGUGGAGAUGCGGGAGAUGGGCACCGAGGGCUUCUCGGACAGUGAGCACUACCUCCCCAUGGAGGGCCAGGCCCGGGCUGCCUCCAUGCCCCGGCUCCCCGCGGAGAACCAGAGAAGGGGCCGGCCACGUGGGAGUAACCUCAGUACCAUCUCGGACACCAGUCCCAUGAAGCGCUCGGCCUCUGUGCUGGGCCCCAAAGCGCGUCGCCUGGAGGACUACUCACUAGAGCGGGUCCCACCUGAGGACAACCAGAGGCACCACCAGCGCCGCAGGGACCGUGGACACCGGGCCUCUGAGCGCUCCCUAGGCCGCUAUACCGAUGUGGACACAGCUCCUCCUUUCGGCCCAGGCCUGGGGACCGACCUGAGCAUGACCACCCAGUCCGGGGAGCUGCCGGCCAAAGAGCGGAACCAGGACCGGGGCCGACCCAAGGACCGGAAGCACCGGCCUCACCACCACCAUCACCACCACCACCACCCCCCACCCCCCGACAAGGAGCGCUACGGCCCCGGCCCCGAGCGGGAGCGGCCGGACCACAGCCGGGCCCGCGCCCGCGACCAGCACUGGUCCCGCUCGCCCAGCGAGGGCCGCGAGCACGGGGCCCACAGGCAGGGCAGUAGUUCUGUCAGUGGAAGCCCAGCCCCCUCAACGUCUGGCACCAGCACUCCGCGGCGGGGACGCCGCCAGCUCCCCCAGACCCCCUGCACCCCCCGGCCACACGUGUCCUACUCCCCCGUGAUCCGUAAGGCCGGCGCCGCGGGGCCCCCGCCGCCCCCGCCGCAGCAGGCAGCGGCCCGGCCGGGCCGGCGGCUCCCGGGGCCCGUGGCCGAGCCCCCCGCCAGGGAGCGGCCACCGGCGGGCGGCCACGGCCGAUCGCCAGGCCCGGCCCGCAGCGAGUCCCCCCGCGCCUGCCGCCAUGGCCCGGCCCGGUGGCCGGCGCCCGGCCCGCAGCAGCCCGAGGCGCCCCGGGCGCGCGGCUACUACCGGGGCCCCGACUACGCUGAGGCCGCCGGCCCGGGCAGCGAGGAGGCCUUGGCCGGGCCCUACGACGCGCUGCCCCCCGCGCGGCACGCGGGCCCCAGCGGGCGCUCGCCCAGGACUCCCCGGGCCGCGGGCCCCGCCUGCCCCGGCCGGAGGCUCCCCAACGGCUACUACGCGGCCCGCGGCCCGGCCCGGCCCGGUGCCCGGAGGCCGCAGGAGCCCUACAGCGAGAGCGAGGACGAUUGGUGCUAAGCCCGGCCCGCCGGCCCCCCCGCCCCCGCCCGCGCACCCCACCGGGACGGGCCGGCGCGCACAGAACCCCACAGACCCCGGCAUGGGGUCCCCACCCGGCAUGGGGUCCCCCCCUCCAGCCUGACCGCACCCGGGACCGCCCUGGGCCUGGGCUGAAGAACGGCGGCGGCCACGCAGCCGAGGAUCCAGCCAGCUCGUUUGGAUAACUUUGGGGAAAAUGGAAAAAAAAUACAUAUAAAACAAUCUCAUUUUUAAAGAAAAUACGAGCAGAAAACAACAGCUUCUAUUGAUGAGUUUUAUCAUCUCAGUGGAGUCUGUCCUUCCCCCGAGCGGAGCAGCAGCUGGGGCGGCCCAGCGCCCAAGGCAGGGACCCAGCACCCCCAAACCAGGCACGCCCCACACGCCUCAGACCAGGAGCCACUGAGCGCUGGUGACACCGGACCCACUAUUACUGCCUGCAGAAAUCAGUUUAAAGGUGAAAUCGUCAUCAUAAAUAAUUUUUAAAAAGGACAAAAAAAUUCAACGAUUGAGAAAAAGAAGCAUUUUUUUCUGACAUUUGCUUGAAAUAACAAAAGAAGAGAAAAAAACGAAAAAAAAGACCACACCAAUCCUUGGCUUCUCUUUUCCUUUAUUUUUCCCUUUUUUUUUUCUUUUGUUUUCUUUUACUUUAUUUUAUUUUCCUACCUUGUUUGAAAACCGUGGGCUUGGGACUGUGAAUUAUUGCAUGACAUUAAAAAAGGAAAAAAAUUAAAAAAAGGUUGAACCCA